ACUAUGUUUUGCAUGACUGCAAAUACAGCUGUCUCAAUGAGGCUGUGGGGAUGGGCAGGGAGAAAGGGAGAGACUUUGAAACUCCAAGUUUUAAAAGAAAUCUUAAGGAAUGAAAAUUAUACUAAUAAAAAAAUACAUAUUAGUGGGCCUUGACCCACUGGGCCUCUCUGAGGCACAGGUGGCUCUCCUGAAUAUUGGAGGGCCAUUUCCACUCCCUCCCUCAGCAGCCAGAGUUUCAAUGGGCUGUGGACAUCCCCAUCCUUGCAAUAAAGUCCAAGUCAGCUCCAGUAGGAGCCACAACGGGGGCAGGGUGGGCAGCAUGGAAGGGCUGCUGGGUGUAGAGGGCAGUGGGAGCAGCUGCUCCAGCCUCAUGGGGAGGAUGACCCCUAGCCCACUGGGAAGUUCAUAAACAUGAUCCCCAGCAAACUGAAGGCUCCCCACCUCUAUACCAGAGUGAAAGGGCAAGCAGGGAAUUCUCCAGAAUGCUGUGGAUGCAGACCCAGUGGUGUGGGGAGGGACUUAGCUAUCUCCUUAGGUUCCUGGACAAGCGGCACCAGGCCAGGGCCCUGCCAGGACAGAUGUUAGGGAGGUGAAGGAUCUGUAGAGCUGGGAGCAAGCACAGUGCCCUCCUCUAUGCCAGGCCAUAGUGGCUGCACCUCUGCUUGUCUCACUGCCCUCUGCGCCAUGGCACAACUGCAUGCCUCCCAGACUUGGCCCUGGGCACAAGUGUCUACUCCAUCCACUCUCCUCUCUGCCCCAAAUCCUCAUCUAGUGGCAUGUCCAUAACUGAGUUGAAUGCUUCAGUACCUGGCCUGCUUGCCCCCCUGCUUCAUAUCCUUCUCUUGUAAAAAACCCAAAAUCCUGUGUCAAAGGUCAGAGCUCGCCUCCAAGGCGAGCCAAGGCCCUGGCGUGCCCUUCCACGUCCCUCUGAGACCAAGUUGGCUUGCUUUUCCUAACGGUGUCAGUGUGUCUCUCCUUGUAUGUAUGUGUGUGGGAGCGCGUUUGCCUGUACCUGUUUGUGUUUGGGGGGAGGGAGUGAUGACCACAGUCCCGUGCACUGGCUUGACCCUCCCAGUCCCCUGGCCCCACAUGCCCCUUUUGGCUGGCUUGAAUGGGGCUCAGGACGCACUUGAAGCCACGUUUUGGCCGCUCUCAUCCUCCCAAUGCUACAGCCCAGCUGCCCUGCUGGAAACCCUCUCAACUGGGGCAGCCCCAGGCCAAGGAUGAUCCUGCCAGGAUGAAAACCUGGCUGUGCCUAGCCCGACCUCGCGCCCUCUUUGUCACCGCAUUCCCUCUAGCUCGCGCCCAGCGUUCUUCAGGCGUUACACCGGUAGACACCAAGGGACGCGAACGCCGAUGCGGAUGCGGACUUGGACGGUGCGGUCGGAGAGCACACCUAGCGGGAUCAGCAGAAUUACUCAAGUCAAACACUUGGAGGAUGUCUCGGCGCAGUGAGCACCUGCGCCUCCGAUACCAGGCACUUGUUGAUGGGCAAAGCAGCAGCAGCAGCAGCAGCAGAGGGAGUUCCCAGGUGGCUGGCCAGCACACCAACUGCAGGGAGGGUCCUCUCAGGACUGUGAGGAGGAAGUCGAGUAUGGUCCGAAGCCUCUCACCAGGCCUCUCACCAGCCCCUCACCUGCUUACAGGUGUAACAGGCUGGAAGAGCCCCGGAUCCACCUCAGGGUACUUCUCUGAGGAUGAUGGUGCAGCAUUCCAGUGGUGCCUGAAAACACCUGGCACUGCGUGA